AUGGUCAAAGUCCUCGUCUCCCUCAGCGCAUUGACGGCUACCACCACGGCUGGCUCCGUCACGGAACUCCCUGAGUCUGUGACCAAGCUCAUCGACUACUCCGCAAACCCCUGCGACGACUUUUAUCAAUAUGCGUGUGGCGCGUGGCACAAGGAAGCUGUGAUCCCCCCGGGCAAAACCUUCACCGAUACGUCGUUCUCCCAAAUCACCAUCCGAAACCAAGCCGUGUUGACGAAGAUUUUGUCUGACAACAAGUCCACGCUUGGAGAGUUUUACAACUCCUGUUUGGACACGGCUACGCUGUCAUCGCUCGGCCUGACUCCGUUGACCGAUUCGUUCGAAGCCAUUCGGUCGGCGAACACCACGUUGGACCUCCUCAUCGUGGCUGGUGAAUUGGCCAAGAACGGCAUCCCUGCCUUUUUCGACAUCAAUGCCAGAGCUGAUUACGACAACCCAACCAAGAACGCCCUCUUCGGUGUCCGAUCCCCCCUGUCGCUGUCUCACGGGUUCUACAUCUACCCUGGCGAGUGGUCGUUCUUCAAACCCUACUACGAGGUGUACAUUACGUCGGUGUUGCAGUUGGCUGGCUACACUGCCGAACAAGCGAUGGCUGCGGUGCCGUUGAUCAUCCACUUUGAGCAAACUGUGGUCCAUUUCGGCCGCAACAACGAGCUCGAGGAGAUGGAAGCCGUUGUGUCUCCGUAUACUGCGUUUACGUACUACGAGCUAGACCAGAAGUACCCACUGCUCAUCGGCUCGUGGCUCAAGGCCAACGGCUUCAACGUCCACGACCAGUCCGGUGGGUCGAAUGACUGGGUGGGUUUUUCCGACUUGACCUACUUUGACAAGACGGAAGCGCUGUUAAAGAACACGACUUUGGACGACCUCCGCACCAUCGUGGAGUACAAGCUCAUCCACGCCUCGUCCAACCACUUGACCCCUGAAUUCCGCACAGCGAACUGGAACUUGUUCGGCAAUAUUAUCAAUGGUGAAAAGGAGGAACCAACCCGUGAAAAGUACUGCGUAUCUGAGUCGGGCAACACCGUGAGGGAACUCUUGGGCCAGUACUUCUUAGACGCGGUGUGGUCGGCUGAUACAGCCAAGACGGUCGACGAACUGGCCAAGGCAUUGAAGUCAUCCUUCUCCACUAGCAUUGCCACCGCCGACUGGUUGGACAACUCGACCCGCGCCAACGCGCAAACGAAGCUGUCCAAGUUAGUGCAAUUGGUGGGUGGCCCAGAGAAGCCCCAGUUGUACCCCAACCUGACGUUGGAUUCGAAGAAGUAUUUGAACAACCACUGGAAGAUCUCUCAAGUGAACAUCGACACCAAGUUGAAGCUGAAAGGCCAACCUGUGGACAAGCGCAAGUUCGGCGUGCCUGCCCACAAGACGACCGCAAAGUACAUAAAGGAAACGAAUCAAGUUAAGCUUCCUGCUGGCAUCUUGCAACCUCCGUUCUUUGAUGUCAAAUACGAUGCCGCCCAGAACUUUGGUGCCAUCGGGAUGGUCAUCGGACACGAAAUCACCCACGGGUUCGACAACAGUAACCGCAAUUUCGAUGGCGACGGCAAGUUGAACAAUUGGUGGUCGAGCGCCACCAACACUACUUUCAAGACGAAGGCCCAGUGCAUUAGCGACCAGUACGCCAACUUUAUCGUAACGAGCGAAGUGACAGGCGCGGUGUUGGGAAACAUCAGCGGCAAGCUCUCGUUGGGUGAGAGCAUUGCGGACAACGGGGGGCUCAAGACCAGUUUCCGCGCGUACCACGAGUUCUUGAAGAAGUUCCCGUCCCAGUACACGGAAGAAGCAGGCAACAAGUUGUUCUACUUGUCGUUCGCCCAAUCCUGGUGCUCCAAGGACACGGAUGCCCGCCUCAGGCAGUUUUUGUCGGACCCGCACCCGCCCCAUCGGUUCCGCGUGACGGGGGCGUUGCAAAACAACGCCGAGUUUGCCCGAGCGUUCCAGUGCCCCGUCGACUCGGACAUGAACCCUUCCGAGAAGUGCUUGUUGUGGGAAUAG